CCAUAGGUGAAGUUCACUUAGUCACCGCCUAUUUUGUGCAACCGCCAAAUCAAUGGGUCAGGUCUUCGACCAGGCACUUUGCACAGGGAUUCGUAGCAUGAACGGCAACUCCAGCCAACUGAUUGGCGUGAAAAACGUAUUUGACAAAAUUUCGGGGAGACUAGCAUUUUGCUGAUGGAUUUGGAGGUCGCCUAAAGGAAGAGCCGCUCAUCUGCAACGUGUGAAUGCACUCAGGCUGGCGGAUUGUGCGUCGACAACGAAUUCGAACAUACCCUGAAAGUCAUCUGCAUGAUGAAUAUAAUAUCCAUAUUUCUGAGGCUCAAGUUCCGUCCAUGUCCAUGUCCUCAUCCCCGUCCUUUUCCCCAUCAUGUCCCCACUUACCAAGGCAUGGUCGUUAAUAGUGGUCCUAGCUACUGCUGCGAUUGUACCCAGAGGUGCUUUUGCGCAGACAUCCACUGUGACUUGCGUCUCCGGCUUUGGUUGGAUGAACAACACUCUCCAGCAGAACCCUUGCACGGUUGCUGCCUACCUCCAGAGUGUCUGCUGGGGUGGCGAAUACACGAUCGGUCCUUUACUUGCCGGUACCCUUUAUGCAGCUCCUGAUGUCAUCGAAGCCAAAGCUUGCGCAUCUGGAAUGCCUGGAGCUACAAUUGCUCAGCCGCCGGUACCCCGAUAUCCGUAUAACAUUCCAAGUGGCACUCUGGUUCCGAAUUGGGCUUACCUGAACGUGACCAGUGGGAGUGGCACCUUCGACGCCACCCUGGCGCAAACCAAUGGAGAUUCUCCUGAAUCAUCCGCGAUCGCAGCACAAUCCACUGUCACAGUCACUCAUUCGACCACUUUGUUUGCUUCUUUGACCAUUUAUCCGACCACCGCCACAGGAUCUUCAGCUACAUCAUCGUCAUCGUCAUCGUCAUCGUCAUCUAGUUCGAACGUUAGAGCUAUAGCUGGGGGUGUUAUCGGUGGAAUCGUCGGACUUGCAGCCAUCGUAGGCCUUGCGGCGUGGUUCUUUGUCAAACGCCGUCGCUCCUCCAAAGCGCCAUUGACCGUGUUCAGCGCCAUUGGCGGAGGUCCGGGUUAUACUCAAAGUGCUUACUCCGCUAAUUCUCAUCCGUUCCCAAUGCAAUCCCAAAUGACGCAGCAACCGCGUCUCUACGAUCCCGCCGACCCGACCACUUUCCCAACUUCUCCUCCCUCCCCUACCGUCUUAAUCACCCCAUCUAACAUCUACGCAAACCCAUCGAUACCCUCUCAUGUCUUCUCCCAACAAUUGCGUCCCGGACAGUACAUUGGUACCCCGGAGAUUUAA